CCUCGAUUAAGCUGAUGGUGUGGGCGCUGCACCACAUUAAACCGCUGCACAUAAACCCAACUCGAGUUGACAAACCCGUUGGCCACGCGUACUCGGACGCUGCCCUUGAGGACGUGCAAGGUCUCAACGAGAAGUUGAAACGUGGGCAGCUCGACAACCUCCAUGAUCACAAGAUGUCAAUUGGCGCUUACAUCAACCUCCCACAGGGCGCACGCUUUUUCCGCUUAAAGCUGAACUCAUUGCCCCGCUUCCUCUCCGGCGAGUACAUGCACAUAGGCAUAUUGGAAGCGUUAGCAGUGAACGUUUCCACAUUCAUUUGGGCACACCUUCUCCGAGACUACUUUCUCAUUCAGCACGUGGAUAACUUAGGCGACGUUUUCGCGCUAUGCGCGAACAGCACUAGAUGCCCACGCACUCAGAAACUCAGUGCGAGCAUCCAUCAGAAAAUCCAAGAUUAUAAUCUCGAUAUUUAUUUUACUUGGAUCUGCUCGGCUAGAAACCUAAGUGAUCCCCUGACCAGAGAAGAGCGAUUUCGAGCCUUCACUGAUUUCUUCUCUUUAGCAACCGAAGAACAAUUACACGCUGAUUUCAUCAUUCAAAAUCCACACCUAUGGGGCGUCGCCCGUUAA